CCUCCCGCCCUCCCCUUCCCCCCCCCCUUCCCAUCCCCUGUCUCGCCGUUGCACCUCUCGUCCGCGCCAUUCCGGAGCCGUUGAUUUCGCCACAGUCCCGCCGUCCCCGAGCCCUCUUGCAGCGCCCACCGUCGGCCUAACUUCCCAAGUCAUGGCUGCUCCAGCGAUCAAGUCCUCCGACCAGGGGCUUAUUGCAGGCGUCAGCGCUCCCGUCCGCGACUCCUUCUUCGACGCCAUCGCCGAGGAUGACACGGAUCUCGUCGAAUCGAUGUUGAUCAAGACCCCGAACCUGAUCCGCACCACCAAGCUCGGGGCCCAGUAUUAUGAGGAUGACAUCGUGCUCGCCCACCAGCUCCUCGGCGAGACGAUCGGCCCUCUGAGCCCCUUUCAAUAUGCCCUGCUGACGGGCUCGGAGGCCACGGCCCUGCUCCUGGCCCUGCGGUACUGCGAACCGGAGGACCUCCACCGGCGCUGGGGCGUCCACAAUACCAAUCUCCACUUGGCCGCCUUUUCCGAGAUGACCGAGGUUGUUUCGCUCCUCCUGGCUCGCGGCGCCGAGUGUUAUGUGCGCAACCGACGCGGGCACAUCCCGAUUGAUUGUGCCCUCAGCGAUUCGGUUCGCCAGGCUUUCUUUGCCAACGAGUGGGAUGACGACGAGUCCGAGUCCGAUCACUCGACACAGGGCACCGCCCCCGGGACCCCGGUCAAGUCUACAACCAGCUCCGGCGGCGCCGUGACCACCCCGAAGACCACGCCGACCGUUGGGACCGUGGCCAAGGCCGUGGCCUCCAGCAAUGCUCCCGCGGCGGCAUCCAUCUCCGCCUUCAAGGCCUCCGGGACCCUGCGGUCCCCGAGCUCCAUCUUCCGGCUGUCAGCCAACUUCGGCGGCGUGGCCAAUGGCGCCGGGGCGGCUGCCUCGCGACCGGCUCCCCCCCUGGGCAGCUCGUCGGCCGCCGGUGCUGGGGGAGCCCCCCCGGCCGGGGCCGCGGCCAAUGGCUCCCAGCUCACCCUCAACCUCCCCUCCAUCAAGUCCAAGAUCUCGGCCUAUGAGCACAUUACCGCCGUCACGGGCAUUGCCUCGCGCCCUCAGCCGCCCACCCCGUUGUCGGACUCGCCCACGUCGCCGGUCCUGCCGACGGCCGAUGCGGCCGCCGCUUCGGCCGCCGCUUCGGGGGUCAAGGUGACCCUCCCCCCGUCGGCGAGCGCCACUGGCACCUCCUCCUCCUCCUCCUCCUCCUCCGCUGCCGCCGCCGCCGCCGCCGCCGCCGCCACUGGCCCCACCGUCACUGCCAUUCCCACCACCCGGGCCACCACGACAGACUUCCCCCACUCGUCCACCUGUGUGCCGUCGGUUGUCGCCGCCUCUGCUGCGGCUUCCUCCGGCAGCCAGGCCGAGGCCGGGGAGCAGCAAUACCAGUCGCACCCCCCGCCCGGGUCGCCGCCGUCCAAGCCCAUCAUUGCCCCGCUGGAGAUUGCCUCGCCGGCGGCUGUGCCGGUGACCACCACCGGCUCGACCCCGGUGGCCAUCCCCACGGUGUCGGCCACCCCCAACUCCCCGAGCGUCGGGUCGUCCUCCCCGCGGCCGACGUCGGUCGAUCUGCCCCCCGGCUCGCCCACGCACUCGACCCGGCUCGGGGCCCGGCGCAACAGCAUUUCCUCGCCGCCCACGGUGUCCGUGGCCCGGCAUUGCGCCCUGGCGGCAUCCAAGCGCGAGCAAGAUCGCAAGCUGGCUGACAGCCCCACCUCCGAGGCGGUGGACCUCAACCCCGGCUUCAUGACCCUGCACUACCAAAAGGAUCGGCCCAUGCCGGAGCCCCGCGGCGGGUGGAAGCCCCAUGACCCGGCUCGCCGGCCGGCUCGGUCGAUCGCCAACUGGAAUCGCUCGGCGGCCACGGCCUCCCUGUCGGGGAUCGGGUCCGGGCCCUCGCUGCGGGAAAUCCACGCAGCACAUCAGCUGCCCGGUGCCGGUGCCACGGCCACGGCAUCCCCUUCCGGCAAGGUGUGCCUGUCGGACGGGUCGCCGGUUCCCCCGUCGCCGGUGGCAUCGCCCAUCGGAUCGCCGCGCAAUCGCCGCAUCCACUUCGAGGAUCACCAUGUGUAUGUGGAUGCCAUCCGCUUUGCGCCCAUCUACGAGACCCUCGAUGACAAUGGCGACCCGGUGCCCUUCACCCCGACGCCGGAUUUCAAGCUCGUGCGCGAUUGGAUUGCCUCGCGUCGGGCCAGCCCAAAUGACCAGAGCUUCAGCGGUCUUGCGGCCUUGCACUACGCCGCCGAGGCCGGGGAUCUGGACUUCUGCAAAUUCCUCAUCCAGCAUGGGGCCGAUCCCAACAUCUAUGAUGUCGAUGGGUGGACUCCCCUGCAUACGGCUGCCCUGAUGGGGCAUCUGGAGGUCAUUCGCUUUUUGGUGGAGGAGUGCAACGCCGAUGCCGGGAUCCUGAAUAACGAAAACAAGACCGCCUAUGAUGAGGCCGAGGAUCCGGACAUCAAGGCCUACCUGUCGCCACUGUACAGCCCCGGCGCCGGGAGUGACAGUGACACCGAGGCCGAGUCCUCGGCGCCGGAGGACCAAAUUGCCGCGGCGACCGCCGCUGCGGCUCGCAUGCUCCACGCCCCCUCGAACACCGGUCUGACGGCCACCUCAACUGGCCUGGUGCGCCGGGUGUCGACGGUCUACCGUCUGGGCCCGGCCACUGGUGGGUCAUUGGAUGAGGCGGCUCAGCGCCAGGUGCAGCAUGACGAGCAGCAAGCCGCCGCGGUUGCCGCCGGCGAGCAGCCUGCCCAGCCGGCUCCGAAUGUCGGCCGUGCGACCAGGCAGCCGUCCGGUCUGGCUGCCGCGCGGGCCGCGGCUGCCCGCGCGGCUGCCGCAGCCGAGGCCGGGUCCACAUAAUGCUUGGCGCGGCCCCGCUGUGCUUCUGCGUGCCAGCCCAUCGCGGCGCGCGCAUGUCCCCCUCCCCCCACACGCACACACACGCACACACA